AAGUUCUGGGGGCCAGGAAGGCUCUCCAGCGCCCCGCCGGGGGCAGGGAACCUCUCCAGUCAGGCUGUCAGGGCUUCCCUGGAUCUCUCUCCUCGGAUCUCCGCCUCUCCUCUCGGCCCAGCGCCACCUUGGGAGUCCAUCGUGCCUUGGCGGGAUCCCUCUCCCUCACCCUGUAGCGGUGCCCUGAGUCCAGGAGAAGCUCGCGAGUCCGCGCACCAGUAUCUGAGGGCUUCGGUCCGAGGUCCACAGGGCGAGCGGGCGGGCGCCUUUCUCCCUGGCUUCGCCCCCUGCGGCUGGUUGCUCCUUUCUCUCCGCCAGUCUUGGGAUUUCUAUCGAGGGAGGGAGACGAUGGACUGAGCCGAUGCGCACCAUGGAGUCUCGAGUCUUACUGGGAACGCUCUGGGUGAUCCUGGGGCUCGGAGCAGUCUGGGGGCUUGGUGUGGACCCUUCCCUACAGAUUGACGUCUUAACAGAGUUAGAACUUGGGGAGUUUACGGACGGAGUGCGGCAGGUCCCCGGGCUACACAAUGGAACGAAAGCGUUUCUCUUUCAAGAUACUCCCAGAAGCAUAAAGGCAUCCACUGAUACAGCAGAACAGUUUUUUCAGAAGCUGAGAAAUAAACAUGAGUUUACUAUCUUGGUGACCUUGAAACAGACCCAUUUAAAUUCAGGAGUUAUCUUCUCUAUUCACCACCUAGAUCACAGGUACCUGGAGCUGGAAAGCAGUGGCCACCGGAAUGAGGUCAGGCUGCAUUAUCGCUCAGGCAUGCACCGUUCCCACACAGAAGUGUUUCCUUACAUUUUGGCUGAUGACAAGUGGCACAAGGUCUCCUUAGCCAUCAGUGCCUCCCAUUUGAUUCUACAUGUCGAUUGCAAUAAAAUUUAUGAAAGAGUGGUGGAAAAGCCUUCUACAGACUUGCCUGUGGGCACCACAUUUUGGUUGGGACAGAGAAAUCAUGCACAUGGAUAUUUUAAGGGAGUAAUGCAAGAUGUGCAAUUACUUGUCAUGCCCCAGGGUUAUAUUGCCCAGUGCCCUGAUCUUAAUCGCACCUGUCCAACAUGCAAUGACUUCCAUGGACUUGUCCAGAAAAUCAUGGAGCUGCAGGAUAUUCUAGCCAAAACAUCAGCCAAGUUAUCUCGAGCUGAGCAGAGAAUGAAUAGGCUGGAUCAGUGCUAUUGUGAGAGGACUUGCACCAUGAAGGGAACCACCUACCGAGAAUUUGAGUCCUGGACAGAUGGCUGUAAGAACUGCACAUGCCUGAAUGGGACCAUUCAGUGUGAAACUUUGGUCUGCCCUGUUCCUGACUGCCCUCCCAAGUCAGCUCUGGCAUACGUGGAUGGCAAGUGCUGUAAGGAAUGCAAAUCGACAUGCCAGUUUCAAGGACGAACCUACUUUGAAGGAGAAAGGAAUACAGUCUAUUCCUCUUCUGGAAUUUGUGUUUUGUAUGAGUGCAAGGAUCAGAUCAUGAAGCUUGUUGAGAGUGGGGGCUGUCCAGCCUUGGAUUGUCCAGAGUCUCAUCAGAUUACCUUGUCUCAUAGCUGCUGCAAAGUUUGUAAAGGUUAUGACUUUUGUUCUGAGAAGCAUACCUGCAUGGAGAACUCUGUGUGUGGAAAUCUGAAUGACAGAGCUGUGUGCAGCUGUCGGGAUGGCUUUAGGGCUCUUCGAGAGGACAAUGCCUACUGUGAAGACGUUGAUGAGUGUGCUGAAGGCCGUCACUACUGUCGUGAGAACACCAUGUGUGUCAACACCCCAGGCUCUUUCAUGUGCAUCUGCAAAACUGGAUACAUCAGAAUAGAUGAUUACUCCUGUACAGAACAUGAUGAGUGCGUUACAAACCAGCACAACUGUGAUGAAAAUGCUUUAUGCUUUAACACUGUUGGAGGACACAACUGUGUUUGCAAGCCUGGCUUCACGGGGAAUGGAACCAUAUGCAAAGCAUUUUGCAAAGAUGGCUGUAGGAAUGGAGGAGCUUGUAUUGCUGCUGAUGUGUGUGCGUGCCCACAAGGCUUCACUGGACCCAGCUGUGAAACAGACAUUGAUGAAUGCUCUGAUGGCUUUGUUCAGUGUGACAGCCGUGCUAACUGCAUCAACCUGCCUGGAUGGUAUCAUUGUGAGUGCAGAGAUGGCUACCAUGACAAUGGGAUGUUUGCACCAAGUGGAGAAUCCUGUGAAGAUAUUGAUGAAUGUGGGACCGGGAGGCACAGCUGUGCCAAUGAUACUAUUUGCUUCAACUUGGAUGGUGGGUAUGACUGCCGCUGUCCCCAUGGAAAGAACUGCACAGGAGACUGCUUCCAUGAUGGAAAAGUCAAACACAGCGGACAGAUUUGGGUGUUAGAAAACGAUCGCUGCUCUGUGUGCUCAUGUCAGAAUGGAUUUGUUAUGUGUCGACGAAUGGUCUGUGACUGUGAGAAUCCCACAGUUGAUCUUUUUUGCUGCCCCGAAUGUGACCCAAGGCUUAGCAGCCAGUGUCUCCAUCAAAAUGGGGAAACCUUGUACAACAGUGGUGACACCUGGGUCCAGCAUUGCCAACAGUGCCGUUGCUUGCGAGGGGAGGUUGAUUGCUGGCCCCUGCCAUGCCCAGAUGUAGAGUGCGAAUUCAGUGUCCUCCCAGAAAAUGAGUGCUGCCCACAUUGUGUUGCUGACCCUUGCCAGGCAGACACCAUCCGUAAUGACAUCACCAAAACCUGCCUGGAUGAAAUGAAUGUGAUUCGCUUCACUGGGUCCUCUUGGAUCAAGCAUGGCACAGAGUGUACUCUUUGCCAGUGCAAGAAUGGCCAUGUCUGUUGUUCAGUGGAUCCACAGUGCCUUCAGGAGCUGUGAAGCUAACUGUCUCAUGAAAGGUUGCUAUUUAGAGAAUGUUCUUUCAUUCAAAAGACCAAAAAAGAAAAAGAAAAGAAGCUUAAAUUAGAUGUUUUGUGGCCAGCAUCAUGCAGCUUUGUUACUAGCUGGGUGAAUGUCAAUUCUAGAAUUUUUGGAGUUUGAGAAAAAUCACAUAAAGAAAAUUCAGGAGGAAACUAGACCACAAUUCUGCCUGCUGUCUACCUGACAUCACCGUGUCACAGAAUGGCUAUGGAAAGUACAGCAUGACAUCGUGAUCCAUGGUAGGAAGACUGAGCCUGUCAGAUCUUUAGAAGCUUCUGGCUUCAUUGGCGCAGAAAGUUCCUUCAAGGUCAGAAUCAUUAUGUCAGUUAGGUUCCUCACUGCAAAAAUGAAGACAGGCAGUGGAUGAAUUUUAUUUUCAGAAGCAAAACAACGAGGAUAUAACAUGUUAUGUACAGUACACACUCUGAAAAGAAAUCUGAAACAAGUUACUGUAAUGACAAUAAUGAUGCACAGGCAUGGUUACUUAAUAUUUUCUAACAGAAAAAAGUCAUCCCUAUUUCCUUGUUUUACUGCACUUAAUAACAUUUGGUUGGAUUUGUUCAGUAUAAGCUCGUUCUUGUGCAAAAUAAAAUAAAUAUUUCUCUUACCUGAUAA